UGCAAGCUGUAUCCAAUCUCUAAUACAAUACACUUUAUUUCUAAAAUGUACCUGAGCAAAUGUUUCUAUUGAAUAGAAAAGAAAAAAAACAUACUUCCGCAUACCUGUUUUUGAGUCAUGUACAGGUUUACUUCGAUGUUGGGGUGUUGUGGGGCGAGGUAAUUUUUGCCUAAAGAUUAAGGUCAGCUAUAUAGCUAUUCGUACAUUAACUAGCUAUUGAGUUUGAAACAACAGUAUACCGUCAGUAUGAAGUGGGUGUUGGUAAACGUGUAUUUGAGUCUAGCGGUGUUUCGUCACUGUGAUCGCUGUAAUGCAGAUCCUGUCUCCAAAGACGUGAAAACAUCCACAGCAUGUUACGGAUCGGAUCCAAAGUGUAAUUCGCACAAUUUGACUUGUCAUGGUAACUCCGUGUACAUCACAAUCUGGAAUGCUUCUUACGGUAUAAAGAAUAAACAAAUCUGUAAUAGUGGAGUGGCUGAUUGUAACACUUAUGCCAGGAUGUGUUGUUCUUUAAACAAAUCAGAUUUAUUUGUUUUAUACAAUAUCAAUGAUAUGCAGACGUUGACUGGGAAUUGUUCCGACAAACGUCAGUGCAUUUUCAAAGCUCCACGGACUAUACACACCAUCAAUGGAGGUGGACAGAAGUUAUCUAGCUAUUCAGUAGUCCGCUACUCGUGCUUAGCUGAAAUAACACGUGAUGCGCCUGUGGCAUCAGUACCCGUUGGAGCUAUCGUGGGUGGUGUGGUCGCUGCUGCUGUUGUUGUUGCCGUCGUAGUUGUAAUUGGAGUCAUCUGGUACAGACGCCAGCAGAGGGAGCACGCUAAACCUAGAGCAGACCAACAGAUCCCGGCCAUAGCAAACCAAAAUGCGGUAACCAACGAGUACGCACAUCUGAGUGGAACUGACAGAGUUGUACCCCUUUAUGAAACACUACACCAGUAGAUUAAUUUGCCAAGUACUACACAGGCACGGCGGAAACAAGUAGACACGAGGGGGGGGGGGGGGG